ACACGUCAUCUUGAUGAAAAUGGCGACCUCCAUGCUACCGUCGUGACCGUUGGCCAGCCAAAUGCCAUGUUCUAUUGAUGAUUUUUGACUGUCAGAUCUGUCGAAGUCGAGGGAAAAUGUAUAAAACAUCGAACAAGAGCGAUUUUAUCACCUAUGUUGCUGAUGAUGACAAUUAUGACAACCAAAAACGACGGAGACAGUCGUAUUUGAGAUCCUGGAAGCAACUUUCACGCCUCCAGCGCAACGUUUUCAAGGUUGUGGUGUCACUCACCAUCUUGUGUGUGAUGUACUUGUUAUUCCUGCCUGGCCGGAAGGCCGCCCAGUCUGACACCAACUUUGCCAGGGAUCAUAAUAUUGGCAGGGAACCAGGUAAUCAUGGCGACGCUGGAAAGCUCCCAGUGCUGAACAUCAACCAAGAUGGUGUCCGCCAAGGACAGGGUGGGAACAUGCACCAAGCAGAAGAACCAAAGCGCCACAAGAAAGGGCCUCCCAGGAUACACAGGGACCCGCCAAAAGUAAGUGGAAACCAACACCCUCAUCACUGGCAGCACAUGGGCCAUGCAUAUGAAAGCCAACUCCGCACCCCGGACUCUGGGGAAGGAGCUGCUGCUGGGGCACUGGAGGAUAACAAGAGUGGGCAAGCGGAGGAACCUGUACUGCACAUCCCUGAUGACGCUGUGGCCAGGAAUGGUCCAUCAGAAGCCAGAGAUCAAGACGAUUCCAAAAAACACGUCGCCGGCGGCUCUGACGAUGAGUCUCAAAGCCGCAAGGGCGACUCGGAGAGUAAAAGCAGUAUCUACGGUGCCAAGAAUGAGCGGCAAGAGGCAGUGGUGGGUGCCUUCCUGCAUGCGUGGAAGGCCUACAGGGCCCACGCCUGGGGUCAUGACGAGCUGAAGCCAAUCAGUAAAUCGUACAACAACUGGUUCGGCCUGGGACUGACCAUCAUCGAUGCACUGGACACUAUGUACAUAAUGGGGUUGAAUGAGGAAUUUGAGGAGGCUCGCAACUGGGUGGAGAAUGACAUGAACAUCAAGCCCAACAUCGACGUCAACCUCUUUGAGACCACAAUCCGUGUUCUAGGAGGUCUACUAGGUGCCUUUCAUCUUUCAAGGGAUGAAGCCUUUCUGGAUAAAGCGGUAAGCAACCAUUAAACAGAAGCUUUUUCACCUCGUACUUUGUUAAUCACACAGAAGCAAACGGGAUGAGUGACCCCACCGCGAUGGGGACCAGACAGCUCGGUGUCAGAAGUUUCCACCAUCCAGCUUGAAUUCCGCGACCUGACCUUCACCACAAAGGACAACCGGUUUAAGGAGGCAGCAGACACUGUCAUGAACCACCUGCACAACCUGCCCAAGACGGAUGGGCUGGUGCCCAUCUUCAUCAAUGCCAACACAGGACAGUUCCGCCAGCAAUCGACCAUCACCUUUGGGGCCAGGGCCGACAGUUACUAUGAGUACCUUUUGAAGCAGUGGCUUCAAACUGGCAAGUCAGAAAGAAGGUUUAAGGAAGAUUUCGAUGCAGCCAUGACAGGAACCAAGAACCGUCUUUUGCGGCGAUCAGGUCCCAGCAAUCUGCUUUUUGUGGGUGAACUAGUGAACAAGAACUUUUCGCCCAAGAUGGACCACCUGGUGUGUUUUCUGCCAGGCACCCAGGCCCUGGGCUACUUCCAUGGCCUGGAUGAAUCCUACUUGGAGCUGGCCCACAAUCUUGCCAACACUUGCUACCAGAUGUACGCACAGAUGCCCACGUUUCUCAGCCCAGAGAUUGCCCACUUCAACAUGCUGCCUGGCACUAAGGACGACAUAAUUGUCAAGCCGGCUGAUGCCCACAAUCUACUCCGCCCAGAGACGAUUGAGAGCUUCUUCUACCUGUAUCGCAUCACCAAAGACGAGAGCUACAGGGACUGGGGAUGGCAAAUCUUCCAGGCCUUUGAGCGCUACACCAAGAUUCCUGGAGGUGGCUACUCGUCCAUCAGCAAUGUCAAAAAUCCUGACAAGCCCUCCUUCCGGGACAAGAUGGAGAGCUUCUUCCUCGGGGAGACACUCAAGUAUUUCUUCUUGCUGUUCAGCGACGAACCGGACUUAUUACCCCUGGACAGAUAUGUGCUCAACACUGAAGGACAUCCUCUCCCUAUAAGGACAAUAGAUGGUGCCAUCAUGCACUAGCUGGUCAUCAAAUGAUGUAAUAAAUGGAUUCAUCGGGACAACGGGCAGUGACAUCUGGUUUUUUAUUCAGUGAUUUAUAGAAUGCCCGUGAGUGGGUGUGGAAGUGCUUGGGAAUGAUUCUGAUUUUUUUAACCGAAAUAACUUGAUUCUUGCAUUGAGAGAGAAGAUAGAGACUGAUAAUGUGAUGACCACAAGGAGUCUUGAAGCCCGAUGCAAAAAUGCUGAAAUAUGUGGCCAGGUGUCUGGGAGAAACAACUCAGUCCAUUACAAGUUGUAAACGCUACUUUUAAGUAAUUUGGCUGCAUUUACAAAUGCAUCCAUGAAAAAUGGUAGCAGCCCCAAGCUUUUAUCUGUCUUGAGCAGAAGCACCCCCUAUUUUUAAAAGAGCCAGGUCGGUGGGGGUAUUCAUUUUGUUGGCAGCAAUGGGAUCGUAACACAUGCAUUUCAUAGUCAUUUGUGAACCAGGGCAUUUCCCACAAAAGGGUUCUCCGUUGCUAGGAAAACUGCACCCUCUCUUGCUCUAGCUCAGGGGCUCAUGGGUACAAGCGUAUCAUUUGCAGCUGUGGGCAAAUGAUUCAGAUGUGCAGCUGACACGUUUCAAAUAGUUGAGGAACGGCUAAUGUUAUUAUUCCAGGUGGCACUGGAAACCCAAGCUGGCACAUGUGGAUGUUUUUUGUCAACGCUUCUGAUAUAGUGCUCACAUUGCCAGUGCUAUUUCUUUGUAUGGUCUUAUAGGUCUAGCCUUCAAAUACAUAAUCUCCGUUCACGUGGAAUGCAGUACCUAUUCCUGUGCAUGAGAUGUCAUACGGAUAUCUGCAUGCAGACCAACCUUAGAUCCUGCAGCCGCAUGAGUGAUAUUUGGGCUGUGGUCAGAGUAGAUCCCAAGUCAGCUCACGUGGGCCUGUUAGUGGACUAUGAAAAAGGGGGCCACUAAAAAUCAGGCAGACUUUCAAUAGCUCGAAGUUCAAAUGCAGGAUAGCAAACUGGUCUUAACGUACAAGGUGAGCAUUCCCGAGAGCGGCUGUCACUUGUGUGUGAAUUCUCAAUGGCUCUUGUUCAGCUACUGAAAAUUAGGAUUGUCAGAUUUUGCAGUGACAUACAAGGAGCAAAAUGACGAAUGCAGUGUCCGUUUCCCAGCAGCCGAGCAGUUUUAAGCAACGUACUGGUAAGACUUCAGCACGACACAAGCAAGGUCUCGUUGGCCUUCCGCGCUGAGAUGUCCACAUGACUAACUCGCACGGUACUGUAAGUGGUGCUAUUAUCUUUGGUGUAGGCCUAUGUACAGUACACGUCAUGUACAACAUGAAGCAUGCAUGGACUGCACUGCUCAGCACGCCACUUAAAGGGACGACUUUCCCGUUGUUGUGCGCAGAGAUGGCAAGACGUAUUUUUACCAUAUUUGGUAAGGGGGACCGCUGAGACUGGGAGAGAGCUGAGACGAGCACAUCGGGCCAUCUCAGGAGGAAAAGACAUUUGAAAACAAUAGUUUCACAUGAAAUGUGUUCACCAAUGCAGGUGAAUAGCCUGCCGAGUUACUUCAUACAGGGUGUGCAGAUGUGAGCUAUCCAGUUUGUGGUGUACUGUGCCCUUUUCUAUUGUGUGUGAGAAAUGCUCAACUGCAUGCUAAGUUCCAGCCAGGUUGAGUACAUUAAAGUUGGGGAAAUGGGACCCAAGUGGUUGUCAGUUUGUGAUGUCUUUUUCCUUACAUAUUUUGAAAACUCCGAGAGUAGAAAUGUCCUUUGCCUGUAUGGGAAAGGAGCUAGAAUAUUUGAAUUCCAGUUGCCUUGGAUUAUGUACUCCAUUAUACAAGGUAGCAACAAGUGCAAAAUAUGUAUCACAUUGUUUACAUGUUUUGAGAGAGACUCGUAUUGCACUAGAGACCCUUUUUUCAUGUAUUUUUUAACAAGUGGGUAAGUUUUUUUUAAUGCUGCAUGGCUUCUGCCAUACAGUGCUUUUGAGUCAAAGGUGCUUUGUCUAUUUUAAUGUCCUAUGGACAAAAAAGGAAGAACUCUGAGAAAAAUUACAGCAAGAGAAAUCUUGACGUCAACAUGUUCUUGAACACCGCCGACACAGUUGCUGAAUUUUUUUUCAAUGUGCAAUCUACAUAUAUGUACAAACUUAACUUGUGAAUAUUUUAGAAGCACAGGAAGCAUGUUCCGAGUCUUGUAACAAAACUGAGGUUUCAGCAGGAGGCCCUAUUUGGCACCUAGUUUGUCCUGUUGUCUGAUUUCAAAGCAUGUAAAAACAAAACAAAACAAUCCAUUUUGCCAAUUGAGGGGGAGGAUUAAGGCCUGUGGGUUUAAUUUUACAGCCUGUGCCGCAUUUCAUCCAGAAAACAAUGGAUUGCAAUGUUCUCUGUUUUGGGCCUUCCCCCCCCCCAAGAUGGAUAUCGGCAAUGGUUAUUAUGGUUUGCCCUAUUGUCACACUUUCAGUUUCCUAUUUCUUGAAGCACUUCAUGAAAACAUUGGUGAUCAAUUAAUUAUUUUAACCUGUGAGUCAAGUAAGAGGCCAGUACACUGCAGAUAUUGAUGUUUGAGUCAUUUUAGCCUUUGUUUUAUCAGUCCCACCAUGAGUUGUUUUUAAGUGACAUCAGUGAAAUACUUAAUCAGUAAACAUGCCUUGCAUUCAUGCAGUUUGUUGUAUAGCGUAGCAGUCUAAGGUUUAAUGCACCAUGCUUGUACAGGGUGUCCACAUAAAAAGUAUACCGAGAUAAAAAUUACUGUAAUAGCAAAUUUAC